AUGUUGUUCCCGUCAAGGCCAAGAUCAACACCCUCGGCGUCGUUUUUGAACGAGGAUUGGUUGGAACAUAUUAGAACUGAUAUAUUUUUCUUUCAUUUACUCCCCGUCGAUCACCCUGCCCUCUCCGCACUUCAUCAAACCUCGUUGUUACCUCAACCUCUCCUAAUCGAAUACGAUGUAGACAAUUUGUCUUCAGCUAGAGAAGUCGAAUUUAUUUGUAGAAGUUGCAGAUACCAUUUGACCAAUAAACCUAUCAGGAAUUUUGUUGAAAUACCGUCAGCGAAUUGGAGGGAGGUGGCUGACAAUUGGUUUGGUGCUUGUUGUUGUUCGUUUGAAGGUAUAAGUGAGAAGUUGGUGACGAGGUACGUGAAUUCUCACACGUGUGCACAAGGGAUGUUAUCAGGCCGUCCUGAACAGCCGAGUCUUUCGUCGUUUCUGGUGAAGCUACCAUACAUCAAAUAG